AUGGCGUUUGUAGUGCCACAAGGCUGGUAUUCAAUUCAUUACCCGGCAAUACAAUCGGAGGCGGCGUCACACUACAAAUUCCGAUGUCCAAGUACGCCGUGCUUUCUAUCUUUUACUUCAAAGUUUCAUAAUUUCUGCUCCGGAAUCCAAUUCCUGAAAGCCCCAUCUCGGAAACCGAUUCUGGGACGUGGGUUUUCGCGGGAGAGUUCGCUGCGCGAAGUGUCGUCGGCCGGCCAGCUGAUUAAGGACUACGUGGAGGACGGGAACUUCGAAGAUGCAAUCACCAUUUACGUCAAAGUUCUUGAAUUUGGUCUGCAGGUUUCGGAAUUUCGAUUCUUUCCCUGUUUGAUAAAGGCGUUCGGGGGGCUUUGUGAUGCCGGAAAGGCUCGCGAGAUUCAUGGGCACGUCUUGAAAUUAGGAGUUUUGGAUGAUGUUUACGAUGUCAAUUCGCUUUUGGGUGUUUACUGGAAGUGCGGGGCUGUUGAGGAUGCAAUCCAGCUGUUUGAGAAAAUGCGUGAGAGAGAUUUGGUUUCUUGGAAUACUAUGAUAUCUGGGCUUUGCCAUUGGGGAGAUUAUAUGGGUUCGUUGAGGAUGCUUAGUCGGAUGGUUAAUGAUUACUGGGUGUUGCCGAACCGGGUGGCUUGCCUUUCGGCUCUCUCGUCAUGCUCUUCAGUUCAGUGUUCAGUUCAUGGAAGGGAAAUUCAUGGGUUUGUUGUGAAAAGGGAGAUAGCUACAGAUCAGUUCUUGGUUAGUGGAUUAAUCGAUAUGUACAUGAAAUGUGGUGAUGUAAAGAAUGCGGAAUAUGUUUUUGGGAGCAUUGUUUAUGAAGAAUCGAUCAUUGGGAAUCCGGUGAUAUGGAAUGUGAUGAUCUCGGGCUAUGUUGCGAACGGGCGUUUGCCACAAGCAGUGGAGUUGUUCCUAGAGAUGUUAGAAAUUGGUUUAUCACCAGAUACUUCCACAAUGGUCGCCGUUAUAGGUUUGUGCUCUCAGCUGUUGGAUUUAGCAUUGGGAAGGCAAAUCCAUAAGUUCUAUUAUAGCAUUCAAUUGAACCAUGAUGCAAGAGUUGAAACGGCUCUUAUGGACAUGUAUUUUAAAUGCGGUGAUAGCAAAGCUGGCCUUGAAAUCUUUCAAAGAUCUCAAAAUCGUAACAUUGUCAUGUGGGGAGCUAUCAUCUCAAUUUCGCUCAAGGCAAUCGUCCUCAUGAGGCAUUGA